AUGAUCGCCAUCGACAAAAGCGUGCAGCUGGGCUCGUCGCUGUCCCGUGCGUUCGUGAUCGCCGGUGUCGUUCAGCCUCGACUCGAGAGCCGUAUCGCUCGGGCAUCAUACACGAGCGGAUCGGGAAGACCCCGGGCAGAAAAAGCGCGACGGUGUUCCGGCUCUCUCUCUCUCUCGGUACCUGCUGGGCGCAGAGCAUUGCGAGCACUUGAAGCACCGCUCUCAGGAGACUUACAGACGACCUUGUCACGCGUAGCAGCGCCUCAACUAGAUUACGACUCGACGACAGGAUGGAUGCAUGGUAGCAUGUCGACGAAUCUCGAGGAGGAGACUCUCGAGGAAGUUCACACCGAGGAAGCAAGUGAGUAG